AUGGCAGCGCCCACUACAACGCCCGCCCCCAAACUCACUCCCUCCUUCUGCUUCAACAGGACUGCUCUCCAGGGUAAGAUCUCUCAGGGCUACUCUGACUUUCUGUCUUCUAACACUCCUCCCUCAGAUUUUCUCCGCAUAUCUCGCAGCGCCGUCGACGACACGAUUUCCCAAAACCUAAACGCCUUACUAUCCCCCAGUCAAGAUAGAUGGGACCCGCAUAGUACAUCGCAAACCCUCUCUCGUCCGACCGGCAAACGCGCCAUUCCCGCACCUGCAUGCACAUCUUUUAAGCAAAAUGUCUUGUUCCCUUCAUGGCAGGCUCGUAGCGAUGUCCUCGCAUACUGUGGUGGCGUUGCGACUUCUCCGGACCCCGAUGAUCCAGAUCACAUGCUGAGAGAGGUCGAAGAUGCAAAGGCGAGAGAAAGAGUUGUGAAUGAGAGAUUGGAUCCGUAUAGUGGUCGCUACUUUCCGAGGGAGGUGAGGACUGAAGCUUUGGCGGCGCUCGUGCGGAGCGAGUUGAUGGUCGAGACUAUUGUACGCUCCCGGACUUGGGGCAUGGUUAAGGAGAGAUGCUCCGAUGAUGAAUAUGAUGGUGAGAAGGCACUCGACAAGUGGCGCCAAGAGAAGAGCAAGAUCACCACUCCUGCACUGCUAUAA